AUGAGCAUGGCGUCGAGCCUCCCGGGGAAGAUCAUGCGCAAGGUGCCGCUGCUGUCGGCGCUGGCUUCGCUGGUGACCAAGCUGAUGGCGUCCACCGAGGUGGAGGCGCGGCUCAAGGGCGUGAACCUGGGGAGCAUCAUCAGCUCGCCGCUGGCGCAGGAGAUCAUGAUCCCGUCGGUGGCGACCCUGGCGCGGUGGGGCGUCCGGUUCGUGCCGGCGCCGGAGGGCAUCGCCGGGAUCGCCUUCGACGCCGCGACGGCGACGCUGAGCCUGCCCAUCAUCACGCUGGACGGCAACACGGAGGUGGUGCUGCGCAACCUGGUGGCCUACGAGGCCGUGGCCGUGCGUGGGCCCCUGGUGCUGGCGCGGUACACGGAGCUGAUGAACGGCAUCAUCGACACGCCCAAGGACGUGAAGAUCCUCGGGCAGAGCGGCGUGGUGGUGAACCACCUCAAGAGCGACAAGGAGGCCGCCGACACGUGGAACGGCAUGUGCCGGGCGACGCGGCUGGGCAAGGUGCCCCGGCUGGACGCCGCGAUACGGGAGGUGAACGCGCACCGGAGCCGGCGGGCGGCGGCGCGGGCGCAGAAGCUGCUCAAGAAGUACGUGUUCAGGUCGUGGCGGAUCCUGACGCUGCUCGCCGCCGUCGUGCUGCUGCUCAUGACGGCGAUGCAGACCUUCUGCACCGUGUACCCGUGUUCCCGAUGGUUCGGAUCAGUGUUCCCCCAGAUGCCGCAAGUCGGAGGAACUCAGUGA